CAAACUCUGCGGAAAAUGGCGACAACCAUCAAUUCUCCACUCUCUCACCUCUUAUUAGUAGUACUCUCGCUCCUCUUCCUCUUCGCUCUCACCAACAGUGGCCACGAUUUCCCUAUCCAGGAAGCCACAAUCGACGGCAUCCAGCGGGCCUUCGCCGACGGCAGGCUCACCUCCAGACAGCUCGUUGACUUCUACUUGCACCGGAUCGAGACCCUCAAUCCGGCGCUCCGCGGCGUGAUAGAGGUGAAUCCGGACGCGCGUGACCAAGCGGACGAGGCCGACCGAGAGAUCGGGGCCCCCCGUGGGUCGCUGCACGGCAUUCCGGUGUUGCUCAAGGACAGCAUAGGCACGGCGGACAAGCUGAACACGACGGUCGGAUCGUACGCGUUGCUGGGGUCGGUGGUGCGGAGGGAUGCGACGGUGGUGGAGAGGCUGAGGGAGGCUGGGGCUGUUGUGUUGGGGAAAGCUAGUGUUAGUGAGUGGUAUCAUUUUCGGUCUUUUGGAAUUCCGGACGGUUGGUGUGCUAGGAGUGGAUUAAAACAGAAUCCUUAUGUGGAGUCAGGGACCCCAAGCGGGUCCAGCAGCGGAUCAGCCAUAUCAGUAGCUGCAAACAUGGUGGCUGUAUCACUAGGGACCGAGACCGACGGCUCCAUAAUAGGCCCUGCUGAUUUCAACUCUGUUGUGGGGAUCAAGCCCACUGUUGGACUAACUAGCCGAGCCGGUGUUGUCCCCAUUUCGCCACGACAGGACUCAAUUGGGCCCAUAUGUAGAACCGUGUCAGAUGCAGUUCAAGUGCUUGAUGUAAUCGUGGGCUUUGAUCCGCGAGAUUUCGAAGCAACAAAAGAAGCUGCCAAAUUCAUACCUGCAGGUGGUUACAAACAAUUUCUCAACUUAGACGGCCUCAAAGGAAAGAGGUUGGGUGUGGUGAGGAAUCCAUUUUUGGCCCUUUCGAAUAAGUCCACAGGUGUUUCCACCUUCGAAAGUCAUCUGAACACGUUAAGGCGAAGGGGAGCAACAAUAGUGGAUGAUUUGGAGAUAACGGAUGUUGAAGUCAUUUUGGAUCGGUCUCAAAGUGGCGAAGCAGUGGCUCUGCUAGCCGAGUUCAAGUUGACCAUAAAUGAUUACUUGGAAGAGCUAAUCACUUCUCCAGUGCGGUCGCUAGCUGACGUUAUUGCUUUCAACACAAAUAACCCUGAUCUGGAGAAAGCCAACGAAUACGGUCAGGAAAAUUUGAUUGCUGCAGAACGGACAAAUGGGGUCGGCGAGGAAGAAAGGGAGGCGAUAAGGAUGAUGGAGAAUCUGUCGCAAAAUGGUUUUGAGAAACUUAUGAAGGAGAACGAGUUGGAUGUAAUGGUGACACCGGGUUGGGGUGCCUCUACUGUACUGGCAAUUGGAGGGUACCCUGCAAUUUCUGUCCCGGCCGGCUACGAUGGCAGUGGAAUGCCUUUUGGGAUCUGUUUUGGAGGCCUGAAGGGCUCAGAACCGAAGCUGAUUGAGUUUGCCUAUGCUUUUGAACAGGCUACAAUGGUUCGGAGACCGCCUUUCUCUGUCCAGGGAAUUCAGCAAUGA